GGUUGCAGUGUUAAGCAGCGUUUGCGAGGAGGCUGUUGGUGGAACUGGAAGGAAGAUUUGAGUCGAGGUAGUUGUGCUCUGGUCUGUGAGAUACAUGGCCGAUGGAGGAAUAUUUGCUCUGGGUUCUUGAGGAAGGUUACUGCAGGGUAGUCGGGGUAGUUCCGUUGCCAAGCUUGGGACGAGAACAAUGAUAGUCAGUGACGAACAAUGCGAAUUGUUGACGGUGAUGAUACCGCUCCGGAUGAUGCUCGAUGUUGUGGGGGAGAUUGGUGCCUUGAGAGAUUUCGUGCUAGAUAACCUGUACAUGGGGAGCCAAGACGCGCUCUUCGGGAUGGGCUUCUGGAUGUGCAGCAUAGUCGAUAUAAGGAUGGUGAGCUUGAUCGCGGUCUGGUGCACAGCUAAAAGAUGCAUGGAUUCUGCAUGGAUUCAGCAUGGAUUCAGCCACAACGAACCGCUCUGGAGAUCGCCGAGGGCAGAGACACCCCUCGCCCAAUCGCUGUUGGGUCGGAAAAUCUUCCGAAAAGACUCCUGUCUUAGUUGCGCGUUUCUCGAAGCUGUCCUUACGAGGCUAUGGUGUUAGCCGAUCAUUGAGCAACUCAGCAAGACAUUUAAUGGGGAGAUAUGAUAGGGCCAGAAAGAGAAAGUUCAAUUUUCUUCCGCGAGACUCCCGUAGGGCUGCUAUCAUAUCGCAGAGCUACACCGUGAUUGCGAUGGUGGUGAUGGCUGCCCAGGUGAAGUGUGUGCGACGAUGCUCGAAGCUCACUCUUGCUCACCGCAAGCUUGUUCACUCGCGCUCUUUCCCCCCCUUGCCCAAGAGCCAUUGGAUGGUUGCCCAGGCGGCUUGUAUGUCGGUGUAAGUCACGUGCACAUCCAAUCAGC